AGCGUAAAAUCUUGCCGGAAACCAAGGAGGGGUAAAUCGGUAAUAGAACCUUCUUCUUUCUUUUCUCUUCUCUGGUGCACGACAGUUGACCAAUCAGCCACACUCUUCAAACCCACGUCUCAGCGAUUCGCCAUCUCUCUCGCUUGGCCUGUUGGCCAGGAAACGAAUCCUUCAAAUCCCCGGCCUUCUCUCUCUGCUCAUUUUUGUGCGCGUGGUUGAGAGAGAGAGAGAGAGAGAAAGAAAGAGAGGGCAGCUCAAGUGAGAGAGAGAGUGUUGGCAGCAGAAGGAAGGAAUACGAUGUCGUUCGAGGAGGACGAAGAAUCGUUCGAGCACACCCUGCUGGUGGUCCGGGAGGUGGCGGUGUACAAAAUCCCGCCGCGUUCCACCUCCGGCGGCUACAAGUGCGGGGAGUGGCUGCAGUCGGACAAGAUCUGGUCGGGGCGGCUCCGGGUCGUUUCCUGCAAGGAGCGGUGCGAGAUCCGGCUGGAGGAUCCGAACUCGGGGGAUCUGUUCGCGGCCUGCUUCGUCCCGCGGGGGCAGCGGGAGACGUCGGUGGAGCCGGUGCUGGACUCGUCGCGCUACUUCGUGCUCAAGAUCGAGGACGGCGCAGGGAAGCACGCCUUCAUCGGCCUGGGGUUCGCCGAGCGGAACGAGGCGUUCGAUUUCAACGUCGCCCUCUCCGAUCACGAGAAGUACGUCCGCAGGGAGCACGACAAGGAAACCGGGGAGAGCAGUGCCGCCGGUGCUGCCGACGGCAUCGACAUCCACCCCGCCGUAAAUCACCGGCUCAAGGAAGGGGAGACGAUUCGGAUAAAUGUAAAGCCUAAGCCGACUAGCAGUGGAACCGGAAUGCUGUCGGCUGCGGGAUUAGCCGGCGGGACUGCAGCGACGGGGAAGGCUAAACCGUUGAGCCUUGCCCCACCUCCGGCUGCGGCCGGCAAGAUAAGGUCGCCGUUGCCGCCGCCGCCAAACGACCCGGCGGUUGUUCGGAUAACAAGUACAGCUGGUGGGAGGGCAACCAAGGAUAGUAGCAAUAGUAAUAGCAGGAGUUCUACCGAUUCAUUAUCAGAUUUUUCACAGCUUCAGAGGAAUCUCCCGCCGGCGACCAAGGCAUCAUCAACAAGAGUCGAAAAGACAAAAACUGCAUCGGGAUGGGCGGCUUUCUAAUAUUAGACAUGAAUGAAGUAAAUGGCGGUGAUGGAAUUCAGGUGUUUGUGACUUUGGUUGGUUACCUGUUUAUUAUGUGAGAGUGAGUUUAUAGUAUGAUUUCCCCGUUUUGGGUUUCCAUUUUCAGAGAGAAGAAAGAGCAACAAAAAAAAAAAAAAAGAGAACUGAUGAACUUGAGAGUUGUGACUUGUGAUCCUACCUUUACGUGUAAGGAAAGGAAGCAAGAGGAAAGGCCGGCUAGCUAAUGAGUGUUCAUCGUGGGGAAUAAGUGUUGGAUGGAAACGGGUAUCAAAUCAAAUGCGCUUCAUUUC